AUACAAUCACUAUACGCACCUGAUCAUAAUAAGAAUGAAUUAAAUUAUCCAAAUAAUAAUACUCCCUUCUAUUCUUCCUACUUAUCCUAAUUUAUGGUGUUAAUGGUUAUAUGAAACAAUAACUAGAACGUGGAACACACUUGUUCACUAAAAGUUGUACUUAAAAUAUUCACAAAACCUUAUUUCAUUUCCAUCCUUACAUCACUCAAAGCUCAAAAACAAAAACAAGAAAUAAUAAUGGGAGAUAAAAGAGCAACUCCGGCGCCAUUAAAGAAGAUAAGUAGAUGGAUUCGAAGCCGAUCCGUAAGACAGCUAGUAAGCAUGGCUGUUGUUGUUGCUCUUUUACUUGUUGUUUUGCUCAAGCUUUUGGUCAAAAAUCAAGCUUAUACUUACAUUUUUGCUGAACUUGCUCAUGCUGCUGGAAUCCUUGUCUUAAUUUAUAAACUUUCUAUUACCAAAACUUGUUCUGGUUUAUCUUUAAAGACGCAGGAGCUUACAGCCAUAUUCUUAACAUUGAGAAUAAUGUGUCAUUUUGCAUAUAUGCCUGACAUUUUUAUUUUUCUUGAUUCAAUUACCCUGCUAUCUACUCUCUGGGUUAUCUAUAUGAUACGCUUCAACUUGAAACAGACUUACCUUAAGGAUCUUGACAAUAUGCCUUUGUAUUAUGUGUUGUUGCCUGCCCUAGUGGUUGCGUUAAUAGGCCUUCCAGGGCUGUUAAACUUUAUAUUCAAAUUCCUCUAUGUCUAUUCUUCCACUAUUGAAGCUGUUUCGGUGCUCCCUCAGCUACGUUUAAUACAAAAUGCUAAGAUGGUGGAACCAUUUACUGCCCACUAUGUAUUUGCCCUGGGUGUGGCAAGAUUUCUCUCAUGUGCAAAUUGGAUAAUCCUGAUUAUUGACACCAAAGGAGUAUUCCUUACGGGAAUAAGUGAUGGGUAUCUCUAUAUUGCAGGAGCUCUUCUUUGUGAGGCAGUUCAAACCUUCAUCUUGGCUGAUUUUUGUUACUAUUACAUCAAAAGUGUAAUUGAAGGACAGCGGAUGAUGAGUCUACCUUCACAGCUUGUAUAAGGUUGGGAAACCUAAUAAAAGCUUCAGCAAUAAACGGAGAUGUUUAAUGUGUAUGUUUUUCAUAAUCCUCAUGAUUAUUAACUAAUUAUGUAAUAUCUUAGAAAUUCUUGUACUAAUUUUAAUGUUGAGAGAGUCAAAGGGUCAUGUGAAGAAUUAGCUCUACAAGAGCAUCUAUGUAAAGACAAAACUUUGAAGCAGUAUUGAAAUAAACAAAUCAAAUUUAUUUGAACUC